AGAAAAUUCCCAUCAGCUCUUCACUUCUUCAACCACUGCAAUUUAUCCAGAGAUUAAUAUAACAGAGACGGAAGAAAAGGGACGGGAAUGAAAUCGGCAUUUCGAACCGCGUGCUUCAUUACACGCUCCGCUAGCUUCUUAAACCCUAAACCCAAUUGUCUUCCCAUUUCCCGCCCUCUCAGUCCCGCAAUCACUACGCCUGCGGCCCUUCCCCUUCCCCUGGUAAUCGCUUCUUCUUCCUCCCUCACUCAGCCAUUUCGCCCAUUCUGCUUGUCUGCCUCCAUGGCCGGCGCCGGUGCCGAUGCGGGCAACUCUUUGUCCUCCCUUGAAAGCCAGUUCAAGGGUUUCCGCAGCCAGCUGGAAGAGUCGGGCUCCUUGCGCGACAGGAUUCGGACGGUGGUGAGUGAUAUUGAGUCCACUACUCGGGUCAUGCAAGCGAAUCUCCUCCUUGUUCAUCAGUCUCGCCCGGUCCAAGAUAUUUUGGAAGAAGCGAAGGCUCAAAUUGUCAAGCUGGGGGAUCUCUACAAGCAACUUGCUGAAAUUGUUCGGGAAGUCCCUGGACAGUAUCAUGGUGAUUGGAGGAGUGAAACCCAGAGUGUUGUUUCGCUGCUUGCUUUUAUGCAUUGGUUAGAGACAGGAAAUCUCCUAAUGCACUCCGAAGCCGAGGAAAAACUAGAGCUGAAUGGUUCAGAGUUUGGUUUGGAUGUUGAAGACUAUCUUGUAGGCAUUUGCUUCAUGUCCAAUGAGAUGCCUAGGUAUGUAGUGAACCAAGUGACGGCUGGGAACUAUGAUUGUCCAAGAAAAGUGAUGAAGUUCCUCACAGACCUCCAUGCAGCUUUCCGAAUGCUCAAUCUCCGCAACGACUUCCUUCGCAAGAAGUUUGAUGGAAUGAAGUACGACUUGAGGAGAGUUGAGGAAGUUUACUAUGAUGUCAAGAUUCGCGCCAUAAAAGUCGGGACAACAUUCGCUGCGGAAUCUCUCUCUGGUCUCUGCCUUGCUGAGCGAGCUCUCACUCCGCUUCUUCUACCCACAGCUAAGGGAAACGAUGAUGAUUUCUUGGUUCCUGCAUCACGAGGAGAAGCGGGUGAUUUCUGGCCCAUGCUUGCUGAACCCAAAGCAGAGAGUCGGUCUGUGGAUGGCUUCGUAUGGUAUGAUAACAAGAGUUCUUGGAGUUGGACCGAAUCCGAAAUUGAUGAAUUCCUGCAGGCCUUAGAGUAUAACCCAAAAGGUGGGCUGGGUUACAGCGGAGCCGAAGCACAAGAUAUUGUAGAGCUUGAAGCUCUAGAUGAACUGCUCGGUGGCAUUUAUGAAGUGGAUAGUUUUUUCGAAGCGAACAAGUCCUCCACUAAAGGUGAAGAAAGUCAAUCUCCUGGGCUUAGCUCUCGUAGCAAUGGUGAUGCUGCAAGAGCAGCUGUUCUUGGGUCGGCAGAGUCAGCAAGAGCAGCUGUUCUUGAAGCUCAAUGCAACAAUGAUCCUAAGAAUCUCAAUCAGAUGGACUCAAAGCCCUCAAAUAUUGAUUCAUCAGAUGACCUCAAUACCCCAUCCGAGUCUGAAGAUGACUUCAAGGAGAAACAAAGAUCUAAGAGGCGCAGCGUUAGAAGGAAGAAUCACACAAUGUGGACUACAGAGGAGGUGCGUAAACUGGUUGAUGGAGUUGCACAGUUGGGAACUGGGAGAUGGACCGACAUAAAGAAGUUGCAUUUCCCAUCAUCUUCUCAUCGCACGCCUAUGGAUCUCAGGGUUGGCGAAGAGAAGAAGGCGGGCAUAGGUGGGGUGACGGAACCUCUGCUGCUACGAGUCUCGGAACUGGCCAGCAUUCAUCCCUACCCGAGGAUUGUACGAGGUGGGAGGUAUAUGAGGAACAAGGACUGAUCUUUAACCAACCAAAUGUUAGUUCAUCAAAGUAAGCUGUGAAGCAAACACAAGAAUCUAGUAUACCAAACGGGCUAUUACUGAUUUCUGGCUAGGUAGGUAGUUUUUGUUCAGGGCAUGGUCGGUGUAUAGAACAAGAACAGUAUUGUUCUUCGGAAACUUAUAGAGUACCGGCCGGGUUGGACAGGCUAAAAGUGUAGGGUUAACUGUGGGGAUUGUGUUAGAUUUUGUUUUGUAAAAAGUAGCUUGGUUUUUUGCGGAUCAAACAGUGUGUUGCUAGCUUAUACAUAUGGAAUUAGAUCAAUAUCAACUAACUUUGGCUCAUGGUUCUUGAUAUCAUAUCAAAGAUCCUAUGAGAACUGAGAAGUUAGCAGAAGCCAGAAUGAGUACAAGAGAAGUAAGCGGGAUGAAAUUUAAUUUUGCGAUUUUAAAAUCAGACGACGGAAAUGUGUACAA